UGUCGCUUUCACUUGUUUUGACAGUGCUGUUAAAUCUGUGUAUCUCAUAAACAAUGCUGGAUUAAUAUGCCCUUCAAAAUGAUGAAAAAGACUACAUAUUUGGGUUUGCUCAUCACUGUUGUUUUUUUUACGGGUGUUUAUCCUACAAACAACUGUGCACUUGAAGAUAAGUUUUCAAACUGUGUUUACACAGUUGUCUGCGAACACUAUGCAGGAAGUGCUCCAAUUUUAAACUGUGAUAGCCAGUCUUAUAUCACUUUUCUCAUAAAGAAGUCGACUGCCAGCAUACUUUCUUCAGGCUUCUUUGGAUCAACUAAUUUCGACAUAAAAGUGAGAGUUAUUAACGCCAUUGAUAACAACUGGAAUACAAUUGCUGAAUCGGCUUUUAAGUAUUUCUUUAAAGUAGAACAUAUGGACAUUUCUAAUAACAGGAUCAAAGAUAUACAAAAUAUGGCAUUCAAAAAUUUAAUAUACCUCCAAAGUUUGAACUUAUCAAGAAACGAAAUAAGCUAUCUUGGAUUAAGCUCUCUGCAUACACAUGACAAUUAUAAAGACUCAGAAAUAGUUUCGUUGGAUCUCUCAUACAAUAAACUGCAAUACCUACAAAGUGGAUUGUUUCAAUAUAUGAGCAAAUUGGAAAAACUUGAAUUACAAUACAACAAGAUAAAUGACUUGCCUGAUGAUGUUUUUAUGAACUUAAGGAAUUUAACUAGAUUGGACAUAAAUAAUAAUAAUUUGACAGCGUUUAAUAUGACUUUAAUUAACUUAAAAUCCUUGAAAGUUUUAGACGCAUCGAACAAUAAUCUUUUACGGUUAUCUGGAUAUGAAUUGAAUCGAUUAACAGCAUUAAUUUCGGCAAACUUUUCUAAUAAUGCCAUUGAAACUAUAGAGUCAAAUUGUUUUAAUCAAGCUUUUAAUUUAGAGGUUUUGAACCUCAAAAAUAACAGAAUAAAGUCUGCUAUAGAAAAUGUAAUGUUUAUCAAUAACGUAAAAUUAGAAUAUUUGGAUUUGGAAAGUAAUUUAAUAACUUCCGUAGAAGAUAAUGCUUUUAAGCAUAACAAUCUCCACUAUUUAAAUUUAGAGAAAAAUAAUAUAACAGGACCAAUUACAGAAUCAACAUUUUCCGGUUUGAAAAAUAUAAAAAUAUUUAGUUUGUAUGAUCAAAGUAUAUCAUCACUAGGACAUGGUGCAUUUUUAGAAAUGACAAGUUUGAAGGUUCUUAACCUAAGUAGAAAUAGUAUAUCUGCAAUUAAUAUAUCGUGCUUUGGUUUAAUGACCAACCUAAGUGUUUUAGAUCUAUCCCAUAACACUAUAUCCGAUCUUCUAUUUGUGAAGAAUUCUUUAACAAAUUUAACAGAAUUAAUAUUGAAUGACAAUAAACUGUUUAAAAUAAGUUCAUAUCAAUUUGUUAAUCAGACGCUGUUAAAAAAAUUAGAUUUGUCUAUGAACAAAAUAAAAAUUAUCGAGCGAUUUUCCUUACCUCUUGAAAACUUACAAUAUUUAAAUUUAACUGGAAAUUCUUUAACGGGAGCAAUAGAGCCAGAAACAUUCAGUCCUGCUAAAUAUUUGAGUUCUUUGGAUUUAAGUAACUUUAAUUUUAGUAAAGUAAAAAAUAUGUCAUUUGUCAAUUUACCUGUGUUAGCAAGAAUGAAUCUCUCAAAUAACGCUAUAGACGAGAUAGAAAUGAAUAACUUUUUUGGUUUAAAUAACAUGUAUUCUUUAGACCUUUCUCACAAUAACCUCGAAAUACUAGGACUAACAAAUGGAUUAAAUAAUUUGAAGUCUCUUUAUAUAAAUAAUAAUAAUUUGAAAAAUCUUCCAAAUGUUAAUAUAUCUAGUGUGUUGUAUUUAGAUUUAUCUCAUAAUAGUAUUUCAAACGUAUCUGUUAAAUUUUUUGAACACUUAAAGAAUCUUAAAGCACUGCAUAUGCCAUAUAAUAGAAUUACACAUUUUAACAAUAACUAUACGAACUCCUUGUCAAAACUAACAGACCUUAGCUUAUCUCAUAAUGAAAUUAGUAGUAUAGAUCUAAGCUCAUUCGGAGAAUUAAUCAGUUUGGAUAUUAGUAGUAAUCGAUUAAAUUUUAUCGACAAGCAUUUUCUGAAACACAUGGAUAAUUUACAAGCUUUGGAUUUGAGCUAUAACAAUAUCACGAAAUUGCCUCCUGGUACCUUUCAAAAUAUAAAGAUAUUAAAAAUGCUUAAUUUAUCAUCGAAUCAUUUACCCAACUUAAGAUAUGGCAGUGUUAGGGGGUUGCAUAGGACUGAAGUAUUAGAUAUAUCUAAAAAUUAUAUUUCUGAAUUAGAUGUAGAUAUUUUUCACGAAUGUGUGGAACUCAAGAAAUUAAUUAUAGAUUACAAUAAUAUUAAAACGAUAGAUUUCGAGAGAUUAUUAGUUGUUACUCCAAAAUUAAGUUAUGUAAGUUUAGGGGGAAAUCCUAUAUCCUGUAAAGAGAUAGUGCGAAAUAUGAGAUCUGUUAAUCAUACUUUUUUCCGUCCAAUGGAAGUGACGUCCAUAGAUAAGAUAUAUCAUGAAGAUAAUGUUCACGGAAUUCAAUGUGGUAAUGUAAGCAGCAACCUUGCUACAGUUCAACUUAAGGAUAAAGAAGUUGCUUCUACAAAAAAAUCAUCGUCUUUAAUAUAUUGGGUUCUUCCUAUAGUUCUUAUUUUGACCGGUGUUGUAGUUGUUAUAGGCUAUUACUAUUUCAAGCAUUACAGAAGUGGCAAUAAUGAUAAUUUAAGUGCUUUCCGAUUACAAACAUCGCUAGAUCGCAGCAAUUCGUUUAUUGAGAAUGUUUUUUGAUGUUACAUAUUUCCUUAUAUUGUUUUAACUGAUUUUUUAAUAAUAAAAUAUGUUUUAUGUUCUUUAAUUCCUAA